CACUGCUCCAAGCCAAUCUUCUAUCUGAGAAUAUAUAUAAGCUGGAUUAUCAUAUAAUUUAAAAGUAUUCAUCCCGAGCACCAGUAAUCUCGCAGCCUCACAUCUCCGCAAUCAUGACAACCUUCAACCCUCGCGGUCUUGGCGACGUCAAAGUCACAGAUCGAUUUGAUUUAACCGGCAAGAACUUCCUCAUCACAGGAGGAGGUGGAGGUAUUGGUUUUGCCUGUGCCAAAGCCAUAGCCCAACUAGGCGGCGGCGUCGCUGUCAUCGACACAGCUCCCGAGCCGGUAGAAGAGUUCAAAUCUCUGAGUGAUCGCUAUGGCGUCAAGACAUUUUACACCCAAGGCGAUGUAACCAAACAAGACUCCCUUGAGAAGGCUUUUGCUAAGUGUGUUGAUGCCAUGGGCGGACAGCUUCAUGGAGCGCUCACGGCGGCUGGCAUUGUGAUGGAUACACCAUUGCUCGACGCUGACUGGGAAGUCACCCAGCGAGUCCUCAACGUCAAUGUUAUGGGGACGUACUGGACUAUCAAGCUUCUCGCACAACAUCUUGUCGAGACCAAAACGCCUGGAAGUAUUGUUGCGAUCGCCAGCAUCAAUGCGCAAAGUCUAUACGUUCCAGUGCAACCAAAAUCCGCUUAUAAUGCCAGCAAAGCUGCUAUCAAGGGUCUUAUGGGUCCCUUGGCCGGCGAGCUGGGUCAGUAUGGCAUCAGGGUCAACUGCAUCUCGCCAGGAGCGAUCCAAACCCCUCUAUUAGCACGCUUACAGGGAGAGAAGAGGGCUAUCCUUGACUGGUACGAAAAUGGAGCCCCAUUACAACGGCUGGGCGUGCCGGAGGAUCUGACACCUAUGGUGUGCUAUUUACUGAGCGAUGCAGCUGCGUUUACAACAGGUGCAGAUAUGCUUGUUACAGGUGGGCUACAUGCAGGGUCAGCUCUGAAGUGAAGAGUAGGCGCAGGAACGAAAGUGCGCGAAGGCUACGUUAGUAUGGGGACUUUGGGGCCCGAGUAUCAUGAGUAGAAGGAUAUGUUAAGCUAAUAGAAGAAAUAAAGCCGUGUAAGAAAUGUUAAGCAUGAUUCCAGG